UUACUACAGAAGAAACAUGACAACAAAAACCAGGAAGCGUCAACAUUUCAGAUGUGUCAGUGACACAGUUGAACCAACCAUAUGGACGUCAUGUUACUGGAUUUGAUAUUUUGGAUGUAGUUUAGUUUCCACGGUUUUCACUUAGUUAAGUUAGUCAACUUUCGGCGUCCCGUGAAUUAUGAAGAUACAAUCCAAUUCAAACCCGCCGGGCAGCAACAUCAGGCGCAUGUAAACGCUUAACAGGGAAAUGCCACAGGUCGUAAGGUUACAUGUCUUACGAGGGCAGUUAUCUGGUCUUUUCUACACAACACGAUGGGGGACGACACAUUAACGUUAGCUCCUUCUUCUGCAGGACUGUGGCGAGUAGCAUGGGUCUGCUUCGGGUGACGCUUUAGCGAACUGCUUUGCAUUUUUAUUUUGACGUUAGCGGCUGAAGUUUCUGUCUCGUAUGAGGUUGAGUGAGUGCGGGGGAAAUGGAUGUGAUCACCCUCAGCUCCGACAGCGAUAAAGACGACUCUGAUGUGGAAAUAGUCGGUUCCUACAGCAACAUCAUGAUCAAGGCUGACCCGCUGCCGCUGUCGGCGGUGCGAGUUGACGUUGACGCAGUGAACGUCAACGUCCCAACGCGUUUUAUUGACCUCACAGAUCCAAGAUGGACUCUUCCGGAGCUGAAGUUGCGUAAAAGACAAACGUCCACAACCACCGCAUUGGUAGACUUAACUGAGAGCGACGUAGCAAAUGUGUCAGAACAGGAGAUGGAGAAUUUGCCACCGGACGACUGUCAAAUAAAAGAAGAAACCACAAAUAAAAGUCAAACUUCAAGCGAACAAGAUUUUAAAAGCUCUUCAAAAGACCCGCCUCUAUUUGCACUAAAGCGGAGCCAUUUGGAUUCUCCAACACAGGACCAACGGCAGACUGAUGAAACACAACAUUACACACCAACUGUGAAAUUAAGAAGAUUGUCUUUUCUCGAAACUCACGUCACAGAACUGAAAACGUCAAGAUGGUCCGUCUACUUGGCCAAAGAUUCUACUCAGAUGUCACUGCAUCCCAGACAACUAGACGGUAAAGCUGAAGCACCAGAAUGUCUUAAUAAUAAUUUGACUCCUCCAUCAAACGGUACUCACAUGGAGCCUUCGCUGGAUGAAUCUCCUCCUAAGGUGAUUGAAUCACUUGUCAGACAGGAACAACUAGAGAACGGGAAUGAAAUUACGAGACCGGUACUGUUAGAUGAUGAAAUGUCUCCGCGUCUGGAGAGCCCAGCUAACUCUCCCUGCUCGGAUAAAGGGAGCUCGGUUGCAGCCUCAAAGGAGCGCGUCGCUCAUGAAGACGAGACGAAUGACUUUUGCUCAUCCAUGCUCGUCACCUCUCCGUCGUCGCCUUCGUCUCAGAAUAAAGCACAGGGUUCCCCCCGAAGAGAAGUCGACCUGGAACAACUGGAGUCUGCCCACUGUCCUACCACUGAACUGAACCCCUCUGAGCCUUUUGACUUCGACUCUCCGUCCCACACAAGUCCCAUAUCUCCUACCCACAUGAGCCAAGUCGAGCCAACACCCACUUCUGAACAUACAUUAGCUGAGAAUACGUCUGAAGGGCAAUCGGAGGAUGCUAAGGCUGAUGAGGCUCCAAACAGCCCAGACCUGCUGCACUGUACCGUCCCUACUGAAUCUCCUUUGUCAGUGUCUAAAACUGAGGACAUGGAUGACAGAUCUGGGGCCGGGACAUACAGAGGUGAUAUGGGAAUGGACAGUCCAGUGUCUUUUCUUUGGCAACAGGAGAGUGAUGGAGAAGAAGUGAACGAAGAGAGCAGAUUUGAAAUGAACUUUAGGGAAGCCAGUCGAGAGGACAGGCAUUUUGUGUGCCCGGUUACACUCAGGAAAAUAAUGUCUGGACCAGCUCAGGCCUUGAUUGAAGAGGAAGACGAAGGUUUUGGAACUCCAGAGGUACUAUGCCGUCAGAGCCUGAGCCUGGUUUACAGUACCAUUGAUGAGAAUUACCCAGAAGGUACUUUGCAGCUCUUGUCUGACCUACUACAGCCUGGUUACUAUCCCCCCAGAGAUAUCACUUUCCACCUGCUACGGGGCAUUCUGCUCGAACCACAGUGUCCUUUUCACCUGUGUGUGCAGGCCUUUAAUCUGCUGAUCAGGACUCAGAGACACCACAUGGCAGAUAAAACCACAGCUCCGUGGGACUGGGAGCUGUUGACCUCAGUCAUGGCCAAUCAGAGACAUCGAUGUGAGGUUGUGCGCAUGCUCCUGGAGUACGUUGUGCAGACUUUGGAAGAUGACUUCCAGGCCAAACUUUCUUCCUCUGCCCUCCACCACUCCAUAGCCAAGACAACAUUGUCAUGUGAUCAGCAGUUCCCUCGUGUCAGGGAUGUCAUCAAGUGGCUGUUUUCUGCCAUUGUGAAAUCAACAGAGCCCAGAGAGUGUAGAGAAGCAGCCAGAGAGAGAGAUGAACAAAUUAGAAUGGUGUCCAUCUUUCAGAGGAUGUUGUCUUUGGCUCUGGAGGUGGACCGUUCUCCAGCUCUAACCUCUGCCAAGCUGUCCCAGGAGCUCUUUCAUAUGCUCAUCGGCAACAUACCUCUACGAGCACACAGGAUGUUGUUGCUGGAGAGCCUGCAGAGCAAGCUGCUGAGAUGUAAGCUGUUGGAACAUCUGUUGGACUACGCAUGCCCACAGAAAAUCUCUCUGCCCAUGUCGCUCAGUCUUCUGCUUCACUUUAUGAAGAACUGCACUCUGGCACCAGAUCCUACGAAGUUAGCCAUCAACCGUUCAAUGCAACUGAUCCAUGGCUGUGUUCUUCAGGAUGGUACUGAAAGGUGGCAGAGGUGGGAAGAGUUGGUCCAUCUCCUCUGGAUGUUGCUGCUUAGCUACAACAAAGCAAUGAAAGGCUACCUGGGCAGCUCAGUCUCUGAACAAAGAGGCAGAGUUGGCACCUUGGUCUACAAGCGGGAUGACAUGGUGUCCAAGCCCGCCGUUCGUGAAGCUGUGGAGUCCUUCUUGUCCAGAUCCCAGGCUGACCUUGGCCAAGCCUUACCCCUCCAUGUGGAAGAAUCCCUCACCUAUCUACAGGACCACCUGCUAGAUGUCUGUCAGUGUUGAAUUAAAAAAAAAACACCAAACUCUUUGUUGUGCUAAUUUUCUUGGAUGAGUUGUGUGUUAAUUUAAUAUUUAUAUUUUGUAAGAGCUGAUUGUUGAAUUGUGCAAUGUUUUGUAUUUUAAAUAAAGGCAGCGCCUUGUUGGCUAUUAUAAAGUCAAAA